UUUCCAUCCGCCUUAAGACCUGAUAUUUCACAACAAAAUUGUUCAGAGCAGAGGUGAAUACCUCUACGUUCCACAAAGCCUGUCAAGCACUAUGAUCAUUUCCGGUCUCCGUGUGGAUGUCAGACUUUAUAGCCCUAGGCAAAGAUCGUCCAUAGUGACAAGCUGUGCUAUGCUAAAAGACUUUGAUGUUUACCACGCAAGCCUGUCGGACUUACGAAAACAGCUAUUCGCAAAGCGUGACAUAGAGAGCAGCUGGUAAGUGGAAGAUAUGCGAGACAUAACUAGGUGCGUUGUUAGUCUUCUGUGGCUCUAGAGUGGGCAGUUCGUCUUGUAGACCUAUAGGCGCCGUGGUUGACAAUGACACAUCCU